GUGGGCGGGGCCUGGCCUGUGGGCGGGGCUGAGCUCAGUAAUGGCGGCGGCGGCGGCAGCGAACCUCCCUCCCGCGGGGCCCAACGCCGCCUCCCGGUGCCCGCGCCCGGCGCCCGGCUGCUCCGUCAAGGUUCUAGAAUGUGGAGUAUGUGAAGAUGUUUUCAGUCUGCAGGGUGACAAAGUACCUCGCCUGCUCCUCUGUGGUCACACUGUUUGCCAUGAUUGUCUCACCCGCCUUCCACUACAAGGAAGGGCAGUACAUUGUCCAUUUGACCGACAGGCGACUGAACUAGGUGAUUCCGGUGUCUGGGGCUUAAAGAAAAACUUUGCUUUGCUGGAACUCCUAGAACGGUUGCAGAAUGGCACUGUAAAUCACCGUGGAGCUUCUGUCGAGUUUCUGGGAAUAUCAGGAGAGCAUAUUAUCCGCUGUGACGAAGAUGAAAACCACAAUGCAUCCAUGUAUUGUACUGUGUGUGCAACUCAUCUUUGUGCAGACUGCUCCCAGUUAACACACUCUACACGGACGUUGGCCAAACACCGACGCGUGCCUCUGGCUGACAAACCCCAUGAGAAGACGAUGUGCUCUCAACAUCAGGUGCAUGUAAUCGAAUUUGUUUGUUUAGAGGAAGGAUGUCAAACAAGUCCAUUAAUGUGCUGCGUAUGCAAGGAAUAUGCAAAGCAUCAAGGACACAAGAAUACACUCUUGGAAAGUGAAGCAGAUCAAAUCCGUGCAUCUAUUUUGGAUAUGGCGCACUGCAUUCGCACGUUUACAGAAGAAAUCUCUGACUAUUCUCGAAAACUAGGUGGGAUUAUUCAGAAAGUUGAGGGAGGUGAACACAGAAUUGGGAUUACUCAUACAGAACAUGUACCAGGUACCGCUGAGAAUGCACGAUCCUGUGUUCGUGCUUACUUUGCAGAAUUGCACGGAACACUGUGUCGACAGGAGGAAAUGGCACUAAGUGUGGUUGAUGCUCAUGUGCGAGAGAAAUUGAUAUGGCUAAGGCAACAGCAAGAGGACAUGACAAUUCUACUUUCUCAAGUUUCAACGGCUUGUCUCUACUGUGAAAAAACGUUACAGCAGGAUGAUUGUCGAGUAGUGAUGGCUAAACAGGAGAUUACUCGUUUAUUGGAAACGUUACAGAAGCAACAACAACAAUUCACAGAGCUUGCUGAUCAUAUCCAAGUGGACGGCUGCAUCUCUGUAACCUUCACAAAGGAUAACCGUGUUCAUAUUGGACCCAAAAUGGAGAUACGUGUUGUUACUUUAGGACUGGAUGGAUCAGGCAAAACAACUAUUCUUUUCAAAUUGAAGCAGGAUGAAUUUAUGCAGCCUAUUCCUACGAUAGGUUUUAAUGUGGAAACUGUAGAAUACAAAAACCUCAAGUUUACUAUUUGGGAUGUCGGAGGCAAACAUAAACUGAGACCGCUCUGGAAACAUUAUUACCUCAACACACAAGCAGUUGUAUUUGUAAUUGAUAGCAGCAACAGGGACCGAUUAAUGGAAGCACACAGUGAAUUGGCCAAGUUGUUGGCUGAAAAGGAGUUACGGGAUGCUUUACUCCUCAUCUUUGCCAAUAAACAGGAUGUGACCGGAGUAUUAACAAUAGAAGAGAUGACGCAGUUACUCAGUCUGCACAAGCUGUGCUGUGGUCGCAGCUGGCAUAUUCAAGGCUGUGAUGCUCAGAGUGGCUUGGGACUACAUGAAGGAUUAGACUGGCUCUCAAGACAAUUAGUGGCUGCAGGUGUACUGGAUGUAGCUUAAUCUUGUAGCACAAUAAGGUCUACCUGUAUAUAGCUGCUUUGCAUGUGUCUGUAACAUCUGUAGAUUUGGAGAAAUGUAACUCCAUUUUGAAUUCCAACAGACUAGAAAUGUAUAAACAAUGUGAUUGAGAAGGCAAGUUCUUCGAAAAUUAAUUUACGUUUUUUUUAAUGCAGUUAAUUUUCUUGUGGCUUUGUGGGUUAGUAUGUUGUCUCUUAAGCACUUACUAUUUAAAAAUUUAGUUUUGAUUUAUAGUGCUGUAAAAGUUUUGAACAUAUUUAUUGCAAAGUGUCUUCACAAAAAUUAAUUUCACUACAUUACCAUUGUAGAUUGUAUUAUGCAUUAACGAGCUAUGAAACUGAACUGUAAAUGACAUCUGUUAAUUACCUGUAACUAUCAAUUUAUAUUGAAUAUAGUGUGCACAAAAAUGAGCAGCCUGAACAUCAUUGGCUUUGUAAUAAGCUUAACUUAAUUUGCAUUAUAAUUAAAAAGCAGGUUUGGUAAGAACAUUUUAUUCUGUCAAAUUGUAUUCAAUUGAGAAUUGCAAAAUCAGCCCCCUUUGCUCAACUGAAUUCCUCAGCAGCUGUAUUUGUAUAUUUUUAAAAAAAAUCAUGGUUUGUGACAGCUCUGAACUUUGAGACCAGGGCAAUCACAUUACUGGCUGUGUAUUUGCAGCCAGUUGGCAACAUCAAAUGGGGAAUUUUUGAAUAAAUUACAGUCCCAGGCCUUUUAAAAGAUGUACAGCAUGGAUAUUUAAUUGUUGCAUUUACUAAACAGUUUGCCAAAGUCAAAUUAAAAAGUUACCAGAUUUUUUGGACCAAAA